AUGGAUCUUAGUGACUAUGAGGAUGAAUUUGCAGAUGCCCUACCAGUACCUCCUCCAUUUACCCCAUAUCCUAUGCCUGUCUCAUACCCUGCACCUCCACCUCCUAAGCUAUCUCAGACAACCUUACCAGUUCCUCCAUCCUCUGCCCCUAUAACUACCACUCCUCCUAAAUCCAUUCAUACCAUCAUUUCCCCUCCCAAAAACACACUCUCUGAAUUCCUCAUAAACCUUACAAUUCCAGACCCUCUUCCUUCUUUAAUGAAUGAAGGACCUCAACCUGCUGCACCUCAUGUUUCUGAAAUGGAUGAUGAUCCUGAAAUUCAGAAUCCUGAAGAACCACCCAGAUGGCCUCCUGUCCCUCCUACACCUUUUCCACCAUAUCAAAACCAGGACCCCAAGAGCAUCAACGGUCACUGUCUUGUCCAGAUUUGUUGCAAGACUCCAAGGCAAACUCAGGGAAUGAAAAAUCUUGAGAGGCCAACAGCUUGGAGACCCAAGAAAAUAGCAAUAGAAGAAGCCAAAGAUCUAACAAAGAUAUCUUUGGAUUACUUGCUUGGGUCUUUACAAACUCAUGACGUAGAGUUGAAAGCUGAUAAAUCAACUCUUGAGAACAAAAGAAGAACCAUAGCGUUAAAAUCUUCCCAAACAAUAAAAGAGGUAAGUGACGACGAUGAAGAUGAAGAGGUCGACAUGAAAAAAGAGAUAUCUCUCAUCAUGAGGAAGUUCAAAAAAUUCCUCAAGAAGAAAGGGAAAAUGCAACACAAGAACAAAUCCUACAGAGAUAAACCCAUGGAGAAAAAGAAAGCCAGGUUACUUCAGAACUGA